GUCGGGGAUGGCGGUCGCAGCUGAGAGCAAAGGUUUAGUAUUCUUCAGGAAAAAUAAUUUCCAGAAAUGAAAAAUGGUAUUUGGCAACAUGGAGUCAAUAAGUGCUUGGACUGCAGUAAAAGAUGCAAGUGAAAGAGUAUUUCCCAGUUGUAUCAGUGCGAGAUGUCGAACUGUGUAUCCUAUAAAGUGUAAAGAUGAAAGAUUAUUUAUCUAAUGAUUUAUCUUUUGCAUUAUUGUUUUUGUUGUAACUUGUAUAAUCCAAUAUGCAAAAUAAAAGUACUCAGAGAACCAGACAAAAAAAGGUUAGUCGUGUCUAUUCUUCAAGGCCCAGGAGAUCAAGAUCCCAAGAACAAGUAGAAAAUAGUGAAAAGGACUCGCAGCAUAAUGAUACCUGCAGUAAGGCUUCCUCUGGCAAUAAUAUAGAUUUGCCAACCAGAAAUGUAGAUGCAGCUGUGACUAGCCUUACACAGUCCUUCUCAUUUGACCCUGAAGUAGGGGCAUCAGGCACACCAGAAAAUGACCUCAACAGAACAGAAGAGAAUUUGUCUUCGGUAUUUAAUUUAUGCAAUGCGGAAUUUGCUCUCAGAGAAGAUCCAAGGUAUGUCACAUUGUCAGAGAAUUCCAAGAAUGCUACUACACAAACAUUCCUGGAGACCGUACAGUUGUUGGCUGAAGGUAAAAAUGAAACAGAAUCCGGAGAAAUAGUAUCCGAGAAUAACUUUGCCCCGAGCACUUCAAGAAAAAUCCUACAAAAAAAUGCUGAAUUCCCAGAUCGUAGUAACAGUGGCUCAGAACCUGCAACAGAUCCAUUGCAAAUACAAAUAUCAGGAAAAAACAGGAAAAUAAUUUCUUCCAGCGACAAUGUUACACACUAUGUGCAGCGAGGAAGUCUACAGGCAGGAAAUGUUAGGAAUGUCGAUAAGCUAAAAAGACCCCAGUACCAAGUUUCGGGGUUUAUGGAAGAUCACGCAGAGUUUGCCUCAGAUUGGCGGGAGGCAGCUCAAAGACAAGGAGGACGAUACACCCCGUCUGUGCUAGAGUCAACAGUGGAUGGAAGUGUUGUGAAAGGAGCGCGGAGGCCAUAUGGAUCAAGAGUUACUCCUACAGAACUUGACAGCUUCAUUGACAUGGCUAUCCAGAUUGGGAGUGAUGAGAAAGAUCCCCUUAUUUCAUUAGAUGAGUGGGGCCUAAAGACUGAGCAACACAAAUACAAGUGUUCUGCAUGUAAGGCAGUGAGCAAGACACGCUUGGAUAUUGAACAACACAUUGCAGAUACGCAGAAAGACCAUGAAAAAGCAGUAGUGGUGGUGCUGAUAGGCCCAGAGGCACGAGGAAGAAGCUGCCCCCUCUGCCAUGAGAUAUUUCAAAGGACUCAUUUGUUUAAGCAUAUUAGGGAAUCCCACAACACUUUCUUUCCCUUGCGCUGCGGGUACUGUGUAUUCAUGGGGCAGGAUCACAAUCAACUGCGUCAUCACAUUCGCAAGAAGCAUGGCACAUCCAAAUAUCGAAUCAUAGACGUUUCCCUCAUCCUCUCUGAAAAUGAUGAAUUAGGUGAGAAAUCUUUGCUGGAAGAUGAGGACCAGAGUGAUGAGGACAUCAGAGAAGAUUCAGCACCUCAGGGGAAUAUGCUCUGCCCUCUCUGUGGAAAAGGGUUGAAGAACUUGCGGAAUUUGAAGAAGCACGUGGCCCAACACAGCCGUCAGAAGCAACAGUGUAUGCUCUGCCCCUUCACGACAACUUUCCCAACGCAAGUUCGCAGCCAUUUUCGACGCAAGCACCCAACACAUUCUCCCAAAUGGCAAAAGGUGACAUUAGAGAAAGGUGGCAGUGAUGCCCUGGUGGAAGAUGUUGGUCCAUACUUGCGUCUCAUCACCAGAAAGUAUGGAGUGCGGCAGCCAAAGAAAGAGAAGAAAUGGAUGCGGCAAUAUAGGUGUCCUCACUGCGAUUAUACCUGCAGUUUCAAUUCUUCAUACAACCGUCACCUGCGUCUACAUAAAGGUGUCAAGCCAUAUAAGUGUGGGUAUUGUGAUUUUCAUGGCAGGGAAGCCUAUGUUGUGAGGAAGCACUGUUCAAAGGUGCAUAAGGGUAAAGAGGUACUUAUUGAGAAUGACAAGAACUUCAAGGCUCCAUAUCGCUUUGAAUCAAGAACCAAGAUAGAAAAUUAUGAGUGGAGAUCAUGUCCAGGUAAUGAAGGACUGAAGAACAAUGUCAGUCAGGAAAAUGAGUCCUGUCAGCUUAGCAAGGGCAGUGACAAAGAGCUUGCAGUAGCAGGGACUCUCAGCACCAGUGCAAUGACAGCUCAGUCUGCUGUUGAUUGCUCAGAUGAAAAGGUGUUGAUGGCUGGUUCUUCAGCUUCAUUUGCCAAAAAAUUUGAAUGUUUGACAUUUAAGACCCUCAGUGUUAUGGCAGAAGAUCAGGUUGUGAACACUUUGCAUGUUCAACAAGAACAAAGACGAAUGAGAAGUGAUGAAUUUCAGCAAAUGUCAGAGGCUGUUGUUUCUUCAUGUGGACAAGGUGGACCAUUAGUAACACAAGGUGUGGGACCAAAUUUCAAGAGAACUGCAAAUCUUAGAAGACAGAUGGAGAAAGUAGUCACAGAUACAUUAGAGUGUGAAGAGUCCAAUUCAAAGAAAAAGUUGAAUUAUGAGGUUGCUGCAGUCACAAAUUCAUCACUUCAGCCCAAUAGUUCUGAAUCCUCAAAUCCUGAACUUUGUAAUUUGAGGCCAAACUUUGAACUUCAACCUGAAAAUCAAUCUGUAAAAGUUAAAACAUUCAAAGUCAAACAUGUAACCCAAAGCAAAUGUGUGAAUGUGAACGAGAUAUGGACAGAUGCUAAAAAAUUACCCAGUACAGUAUUAGAUACUGAGAUUAGUAACACAAAUGUAGAUAGAGUAGAGACUAGUCUAGAUUCUACGAAGUGUGAACCUUCAUUUUGUUCCAUUAGCUCUGUUUCAUUAGACUGUGAAGAUGGUAGCGAUAAAACUGUUGUUAUUGAGUUAUGUGCGACCGAUUAUGAAGGCUUUACUGUUAAAGAAGUUCCUGGUUUUAAAAAGCUGGAAAAGAAAAAUUCUGAAGAGCCUGUUUCCUUAUACGCAGAUACAAAAAGAGUGAUUAAAACCCAUCAGUCUUUACCUGUGCAAUCUGAAAAUAAAGCAGUUGCAUCCUCUCUCUCAAAGGACUUCAGUAUUACUGAACCCACAACCUCAAAAAAAAAUGUAAACAAACUCAUUACACCAGAAGCUACCAAAAUUGGAAAUUCAGGGGCUAAUCCAUCCAAUGGCCUAGAGAACACACUUCAUACUCACAUUGCCUUCCUCACAGACUCUCUUGUGCAGCGCCUCAGCAGCCCAAUAUCAGCCACUCCAGGGGUCAUGACAAGAGACUUGCUUGGACUGGACUACAGCAAUAGUGACUACUUUAGCUCUGAGAAAGUACGGCUCAUGAUGAAGAAAAAGAGCGGAGGAAGAGUCAAGUGCAAUGUAUGCGGGGUGACUACAACCUAUCGGGCAUUCUACAAGCACGCUAAAAAGCACUUUCAUAUUAAGCCAUUCAAGUGUGGCUAUUGCUCAUAUAGAUCAAUUGAGAAGAGCAGGAUCCGAGUGCACAACACUUUUUGCCACCCAAAUCGUCCUUGCAUUAUUCUUAAGUUGUCACCAGAAACUGCUGGGAUCACCGCAGGUGGAACACACCAGACUUCCAUGAAGAUGGGCCAGCCUGAUGCUGGCAGACUUCCAAAUAGAACAAAUAAAGUAGAUGAUGAAAACUUUACAACAUUUCCUGAUGCUGGAGGUUCUGCAAGAGACAGCAACAAUACUAACAUUUGCAAUAAAAUGUUACCAUCCAAUAGCAAUUCUUGCGAGUCUCAAGUCGCCAUUAACAAAAUGGCAGCUGAUAAAAUAGUUGACCACCAUUCCCCUUCAACUACCUCAACUGUGGUGUCUAAUGUGUCUCCUGGGCCCUCAACAUUCCAUUGUCCCAUUUGUUAUAAGCAACUGCAGAUUCACACACCAUCAAUAAGAAGGCACUUGUAUAGUCAUUAUGGCUACAAACCUUACAAAUGCGGUUACUGUAACUUCACUGCCAUUGGCCAAAAUGAGAUCCGUGCACAUCAUGUCACCCAUGGCUUUGCCACAGUGCCCAAGGUGGAGUCUUCUGGCAUAGCCAUGCCAGCUGGCCUCACCUCUUACGUGAGUGAACUCCUAGGGCAGCAGCGAGGGAGCCGCAAGCCCCAGAAGAAGAGAGGGCAGGUUACCGAACACCAGAUGUUAGAUGAAACCUCAGAAAGUGAAAGGGAACCAACAGAGACCCAGCAGGAGCCAACUGACCUCAUGUGGACAGAGAUGGCCUCAAAAGAAGAGUUGGCCACCAUUUACUUUACACCCCAAGAGCAACCCCAGCAGGCUCUAGUUCCUACUCCCAAUACACAGCAGGGUCUAGAUCUUCCAGUUGAAGCAGGGCCCCUGACACAGCCACUUGAGCCUGUGGAUCUAUAUUCUGAGGCAGCAUAUGCUGUACAGGUUCUUGAGUCUGGGCAGAAUCCGGGGCCUGGCACAAGUCCUCCCUCACAACUUGAUGUUGGAGGUAAUUCAUAUUCACAGUUUGAUUCAGACCAGGUGUGUGUUGUUUAUCUGAUUGAUUAGGUACUCAGCAAGAAUUGUUAAAGGAACUCCAUGUUAUUUAUGAAGCCACAGAUUAGCAAAAUCUGUUUUUUUCCAACAGAUGAUCCAAGAAAUGGAUAAUGGAAAUGAGUAGGUUUGUAAAUGCAUUAUGCAAUGGCAAAAAGGAAAUCUAUGAGUUGUCCUGAAAUGAUAUUCUUUUUAUAAAUACCUGAUACUACUUCUCUUUGAGUUAUCAACCCAUCAAAAAACAGUUUUUAUAUUUUUCCUUUUUCUUAUAAAAAAAUGUUGGUGAUUUUACAGGCUAAUAUAUACAUUCAGAAAGAUCUUUAAAGCAAGGUUGAAUUUGCUUUUUUUCAUAUCUAGAGGUUUCUGGAAUAUGAAUGCAUUACAGAAGUAAUGAAAUUGAUGCAUGUAGAGACAUGCAUAAUAUAUGCAUUUGAUACUGCAUUUAUUGUCAUACAGUAUGUGUCCCUUUCUCACUAUUUCCUAUGCUUUAUUGUUAUCCCUUGUAAUUCCUUUUGACUUGAUUUGUUCACUUAUUGUUCUCAUUUUGUUUCACUUUUUUAAAUAACAUUUCAUACAAUAUGACAUUGGGUCUGCAACCUUCUUGUCUUUUCUCAUCUCAUUGUGGUACUUUAUACUGAUUGCCUAUAAGGAAAGAAGAAAUGGGCAAUUUUAAAACCUAUAUACAUUAUUUAAUAUUUUUAUAUUAAAAUUUGCAGCCCUUAAUACCACUUUAUUAUUUGCACCCAAAAGAGACUUUGAAUUAGAGUACUCCAGUGUCUGGGGUGAGUUGCCAGUUUGUUCUCUCCAGAGAUUGGACAGUAUUUAUUCCCUUGGCCCUUGUUUGUAAAUAUUCCUUGUGUUCUAGAUUUGCAAGUGAUUCCAAGCUUAGAACAUAUGCGCAUACAGCUAAGUAUUCACAUACUAGAACUAUGAUAGAACUUCCAUAGGUUUUUUCAGAUUGAAAUAUGUCUUUCCUUUCAGUAGUGAUAUGCUGUAUAUAACUUAUGAAAGAAAGUUAUUAUAUGUGUAUUUAGAUAUAGACUUAUAACUUUUCUGUGACUAGAUUAUUCCAUGUCUUAUUACCUCAUUACAUUCAUUGCAGGAUUUGUGAGCAUUCUUUGCUGUAAUUUAGUGAUAUAUUUUUACGUGAAUAUUAGAAAGUCAGUAAUUACAUUGAGAGAAGGAAGAUCAACAGAUACUGAUUGAGAGAAAAUGAUUAGUAAUAUUUUAUAUUUCCUUCAACUAAAUAUUAGAAUGAAAAGAACUUGCUGAUUUCUUCAUACCACACAGAUUAAUAGUAAACAAUUCUGAGAACCAGAAAGAUAGAUUCUUGACUAAAAAAUUAAGUUUAAAAUGAAAUAGUACAAGAAGCAUCAUAAUAUCUUAACCCAUUCGCCUCAUGUGGCAAGAAUACAUGCCAUGCCCACUGUAACACACGUUUAUUUAUUGUAUUUAGACAUAGAUGCCUCUACAAGUUCUUAAUCACCAAAUAGCUAGUUUAUCAGAACUACCUGUCUCACCUGUUUACCCUUUUCCUACACUGUAGAAAAGGGUCUUUUGUAUAAUUUCAUUGUCUAAAAUCUAUUAAUGACAAUUUGAUAAUCAUAACAUCAUAACAUCAAUAGCAAUGGUAUUGAUAAGAAAAAGUCAUUUUCCUGGCAAUUCAAGGAAUGGGAAAAUUAGGAUCGGUAACUAGGGCCUACUGAUAGACUCUUUGCCGGCUGAGCACACGUGGAGCCAUCUGUGUGUAACAAAAUUCACCAAAAACUACAGGGGACAGAACAUAAUUCCGGGGCGAAUGGGUUAAGGGUCCAGACUUGUAAACCUUUAAUAAAUGUUGGAAAGAAGCAUUAAAUACACUUAUGUCAAUUAAAUCAAACUAGUAACUGAAGUGAGAGAUAGGAUGUAUUUUUCCAUUUAUAUCAACAUAUUGAUUAGAAUCAACUAUCCCUUUGAAAAUGUUUGAAUAUGAAUGCUUAUUAGUAAAUGCAAUCUGAUUUUGAAGUUUAGGUAAAUAUUAAACUUUGGUUGGUUAAUUCUACCAAAAAAGUAGAAUAAAGUUAAUGAGAGUAUAGAUGAGCACUAAUAAGAUGAUAAUGCUAAAUGUUUUUGGUAAAGAUUAAUGUAGAUCUAUUUCAGGAAGCUCAUAACUACAAUACAUAUAAAUAGAGUUACCUAGUCCAACAUUUACAAUAUGUGCUAUACACUUUUGUACUUAUUCUCAUUUGAAUCUUUAUAUGAUUAAAUGAGUUGGAAAUUUACCCAUGUCUACUUUGUCUUAGCCAAGUUGCUUGAAAAAUUAUCAUGAUUUUCAAUAAAUAGCCCCUGAAAAUGAGAAAACAAUAUGGAUUGUGCUUUUUAUUUGUAUAUUUUGUGUACAACUGAGGUAAAGAUGGUUAGUUUGUUGUAAGUAAAUGUGAUAUGGCUGUGUGAAGGUUAACCUGUUCUGCAUUUAUUUAUUUUUACCAUUAGACAUGAGAAUGGUUAUAGACUUUAUGCAUUUAUCAUUGCUAUUAUUAGCAAAAUAUCAUAUAUUCUGAAAAUGGUAUGUAUGUGCUCCUUAUAUAUGAUUCAUUAAGUAUUAUUAUUCCUAAUGCAGAGUGAUUUAUUUUUCCUGUAAGCUGUUUUUAGUUAUGCAGUUUAGGUGAGAUUUGAAAAAGUAAGUUUUUGAAUUUACAUGUUUUGUUACAGUACAGUGAAUCCCAUUUCUGUACUCCUUCUCUACCUCCU